UGACAGAUAGUGUGAGUGGUGUUUUUUGGGUGUUUUUGUUUUGUGAGCAAGAUUCUUACAGAUAGGUGUCAGUGUGAGCAGUUCAGUGUUUUUAUAUAGGUACCUUGGCACUUGGCAGUUCUCUAUAUACCGUUUGUGCGGCGCUGUGCGGCCGUGUCUCAGGCGGCGCCCGGAGCGGCUCGGCCGGCCAUGCAGGUGCAGUGGCACACGGCCGGCCUGCUGGCCACGGUGGCCGUGUUCGCCGGCACGGCCACGCUCGUGUUCCACCACGUGUACCGCCUCCAGCCGACGCCCUUCAUCGACGAGGCGUUCCACGUGCCGCAGUGCCAGCGCUACUGCGCCGGAAACUUCACCCAGUGGGAUGACAAGAUCACCACGCUGCCGGGCCUGUACCUGCUGUCGGUUGGUGUGCUCGGCUACACGUCCGGUCUACAGCGGCCCGCGUGCUCGCUCUACCUUCUGCGCCUGGUGAACCUGCUAUUCUCAGUCGGCACGCUGAUCACCCUCUAUAGCAUCCUGAAGGUGCUCAACGCCGAGCAGGAGCGGCGCGAGUGGCGUCACCUAGUGGCGGCGCUCUCGCUGGCCUCGUUCCCGGUGCUGUACACGUUCUCGUUCCUCUACUACACGGACAUGGCGUCCACGCUACUGGUGCUGCUGAUGUACUCGCUGCACCUGCACCGGCAGCCAGGCGCGGCCGCCGCCAUCGGCGCCGUUUCGGUGCUGGUCCGGCAGAGCAAUGUCAUCUGGGUGGCGGUGGUGGGCGCGUUCGCCUGCACGGACGCCAUGGUGGCGGCGCUGACGGCGGCCCGGUCGGCUCCGCGCCGGCGGCCCGUCGACCCGAGCUCCCCCAGAAUCGUCCGGGAGGUGUUGCACUUCUACUGGUCGCAGGCGCGCCACGACCCGCUGGCGCUGGCCGAGGCGCUCACCGAUGUGGUAUACGAGGGCGUGCAGUACGGCGCCGUGUGCGCCGCGUUCGUCGCAUUUGUGGCGUGGAACGGCGCGCUGGUGGUGGGCGACCGGUCGGCGCACGAGGCGGUGCUCAACGCGCCGCAGCUGCUCUACUUCCUGGCCACGUCGUCCGUGUGGCUGGCGCCGCUCAUGGUCGAGUCCGCCCGGCAGAUGUUGGCGACUGUGCGCGCCCGGCCGGCGCUGUGGGCCGCGCUGGCCGCCGGCCUGGCGCUGCUGCUACAGUCGGCCGGCGCGCCGCACCCCUACCUGCUGGCCGACAACCGGCACGUGGCGUUCUACGCGUGGCGCCGCUGGCUGGGCCACCGGACGCUGCGGCUGACGCUGGUGCCCGUGUCGGCGGCCACGCUGGCGCUGCUGGCGGCCGGCGGCGCCCGGCGCCCGCUGCUGCAGCGCGCCGCGCUGGCGGCCGGCACGGCGCUGGUGCUGGUGCCGCAGCGGCUGCUCGAGUUCCGCUACUUCAUCGUGCCGUUCCUGCUGUGGCGGCUGCAGCUGCGGCCGCCCGGCAGCGCCGCCCUGCUCGCCGAGUGCGCCCUGUACGCCGCCGUCAACGCCGCCGUCCUCUACCUGUUCACCGUGAAAACGUUCACCUGGGACGACCAGCCGGGGGUGCAGCGAAUCAUAUGGUGACCAGCGGGGGUGCAGAGAGUCAUAUGGUAACCGGACGGGGUGCAGAGGGUCCUCUGGUGACCGGACGGGGUGCAGAGGGUCAUUGGUGACCGGACGGACGGGGUGCAGAGGGUCAUUGGUGACCGGACGGACGGAGGACAGUGUUCCCAGUGAACUCCAGUGCGCCGUGUCUCAGGUUACUCGGUCCGCCGUUCACUGGUGCAGUCAGUAGGAGCGGCUUCUGAUGUGCCGCAGCGCGGUCGGUCCUUGCCUUUGGUCAUGUGCGCUCUAAUUGUGCGCUCUAAUUCCAAUAAGUGGGACAUUACCACAGGGAUAAUGAACUGGGGCACUGACGUAAGACCAGAGAGACGUCCCCACACGAACGUUUCCAUUGGGGACUUCGUAAGUUAUACGACGCAUUGAGGGUGCAUGUGGUGUCAUUGAUGAAGUUGUUCCUUUCAUCAUGCAUUAGAUGGUCAGCAGAGCAGGGAAAAGAUGAACGAUUUGUUUAUCUUUUUCUUUUUAUUUUGUUGUUUGCGUGUUUAUACUGAUUUUUACAGACGUGGCGUGUGCGUGUUGUUAAGGAAAAAUAAUCAAUAAAAUAUGGGUCAAAUGCCUUCUUUACCUGGGCACAUUUUGAUGAUGGGUGCGUUGCAGCGUCCCUUUGUUGGCUCUCUGAGUGGCUCGAGGGGUGAAGGGUGUGACAAAGGUGAAAUAUAUUGAAACAUAUAA